AUGAGGCCUGUCAUGCUGGCCGUUGCCUCGGCAUCAGGUGGUAUUUUGUCCCAUCUUAUUCAUUUCAUUCAUGGACACAGGGCUUGGGAGGCUCCCAAAAUUGUUGGGUUCUACUUCAUCGCAAUAUGCUUGCUAUUGGUGCGCUGUAUUCAUUCACAGGGGGUGGUCCAUGGCGCCUCGAAUGCUAGCAUCAUAUCGGCGUCUUAUUUUCUGGGACUUUUUAGUAGUAUCCUAGUAUAUCGCAUCUUUUUUCAUCGCACGCGCCGCUUUCCCGGUCCGUUUGCAGCAAAGAUCACCAAACUGUAUGGGCCAUAUGAAGCUUUGAACGGAAAGUCUCACCUUCGCUGGUCUAAGCAUUUCGAAGAAUACGGAGACAUUGUUCGAAUUGGUAAGCCUUCAGUUGAGUAA